CCUCCCUCCAUUGCCUUAUUUUCAGCCACUGUUGAUGCAGUUAACUCGCAGCUGGUCCAUCUUCUUUGGCAACCUCCUUCCGUUGCUUCUUCUGCAAAAUGUCCCUGGAUUUAUAUUGUUACUAUGCGCGAUCAGAAAGGAAAUAUAAUAUAUGCUGUUAUUCAGGACAUAACGCUUUCAGGUUAA